AUGACCAAUGGGAUGGAGGUGUCCCAUGACCCGUGUACAGAUGCAGGGAAUUGGAGUGAGCUGCCAGAGGUUUCCCUGAGGCAGGUGUUCCGGUGGCUUGGAGACCAGGACCGAGUGCGGGCGGCACUGGUGUGUAAAUGCUGGAACCAUGUGAUGCAUUCGCCAGCUCUCUGGCGGUCCAGGACGUUCACCUUCUGCGGAAGACCGUCUAAAUACCGGCGGGCCGAGUACGAGUCUGCCAUCUGGUACGCUAAGAAGUUUGGCAGAUACCUGGUCAACUGCGAGAUCAAAUUCAUGAACCCGUACAAUUCCCUCCUGACUCGGAGAUUCCAGAUUACAAUGAGGAGCUUCUUGGCGCGACUGGGAAAUGAGAACAACAGGUUAAAGUCUUUCACCAUCCAACACCUGGAGUUGGACCGCCUUGUGUGGAGCUCAUCUGUCAGGAAUGCCUUCCUCAAGAGUCUGAACUUCUUCCUUCGUCGCGAGUGCAGACAUCUACAGUCGUUCAACCUGAGAGGAGCUCGGCUGGGCAUGGAGCAAGGCUUUUCCAUCCUGAACUCACUGAUCCACCAGAGGAACAGAAGCUCCAUUUCCGAGCUGAACAUCGAGGACUUCUUCAGCCACCACCUGGCCAUCUACACCAAUCCCACCUUCCCCAGAAUCCUUCGCAGCUUCUGCGAACUUACCAGCAUCUCGAUCAAUUAUAAUUGUAUCUCCGAUGACCUCCUGGACACCUUGUGUGAAAGCUGCUACCAGACUCUCAGGACGAUGAAUAUUAAAUGCCACAUCCAUGACCCUCACAACCAGGUUGUGUGGGGCCUCUCCUGGUCCAAACUUGCCAAACGUGCCACCAGCCUAAAAGUGAACUUCUACUUUGAGCUUGUGAUGAAGAAUGAUCGGCUGACUCGGAUAUUGGUGCCAGAGAUCCCAGUGAGGAGCUUAAAUUUCAGGAGCUGCUACUUCAGUGACCCUGACUGGACCAUGAAGCCCACACUGUCUGAACUAAUCCCACACUACAGGAGUACACUACAGAAAUUGACAUUGGAAUUUAAUAAUAGUCAUGAACGAAUUGAUGAUGAGUUAUUGCAGCUGGUGCUAACGUGUGAACGUCUACACUACAUGAAGAUCUGGGCGUUUCUCAGCAUUAAAUUUAUUGAGACAAUUCUACAGUAUCGUCUGGAAGGAAAAUCCAACUUCCGCACUCUUAAGGUGAGAAUUUACAUGCACAAGUACGAAACAAAUGAAGAAGAUAAGCUACUUCGCAACGUAUACAUGAAAUACAGGGAUCUAAUCGACACAGAACUCAAUUAUUUUGUGAUUACUUACCCCUUGAUGUAA